AACAGCAGCUGUACCCCCUAUCUCCAGUUGCACCGUCACUGCGCUGCAGUCCUGGACACGCCCUGCAUCACCCCGCAAUGCAAUUUCAAGGCUCUGACACAAACUCCUCCACAGGAUUAAAAUAAUAAUAAAUAAACAAUUAAUAAGCUGCAGGACGAACAAAACAUCCAAGUCUUGUGACACCACCUGAGCUUCAUUACCAGCAGAAUGGCUAACAAUGAUAAAAGUUCAGCACCAAGUCUCUCUGCACGCCAGCUCCAGUCCCACCUCAAGAUGGAGCCAAAGACUUUAGGGGCAAUCCAAAUAGUUAUUGGAGCUUUGAUCCUAUGUCUUAGUGCCUCUGUGCUUCAGCUCCAUGAAGUACACUUCACUGGGGAUGUAGCACUGUUCCUCAUUGUUGUCAUACAGGUGACAUUGUCUGGCUCAGUAUUGGUCCAUAGUGGCAGAAAACCAACAAUGUUUUGGGUGAAAUGUGUCCUGGUGCUGCAUCUGGUCAGUGCUGCAUUUGCUACUGCUGCCCUGGGUCUUAUGUCUAAGCAUCUCCCCUACCGCCAGGAUUCUUACCACUGUGAACACUGCCGGAGACUAGAGCAACAUGCUGUGCAACAUUGUUUCAGAAAAUGCACCGGGCUGGUCGAGCAAAAGUGUAAACUACUUCUUGAUGGGAUUUUGGGAACUCUGGUGAUCUUCCUAGUGCUUGAGCUGCUGAUCUGCAUCACUGCCAUGUUGUUUGGACUAAGUGUUCUGGCUGCAGGAGGAAGCCAGGAUUCAAGUCACAGACCAGCCUAUCCACAGACACGCCCCCCACCUGAUCCUGCAGUUCAGACUGCUCAGGUUCCUCAAUCUGCAGUUCAGCCUCCUCAGGUGGCAGUAGUUGUGACAGAACCUGACUCAGAGCAAAUUGAAGACAUUUCCACACCACCGACUGAACCUCAGGUGGAACCAAUUGAAGGCAUUGCCACGGAAUCCUGAACUGAGCUUUCACUGCUAAGAGUAGAAAAUUUGAUCGUCAGUAAUAAAAAUUUUGUUUUCAGAAACUCCAUAUGAUUACAUAUUUGUUGAUGGUUGCAUUUGAAGUUAACUGGAAACAAAUGAUUUUAGGUUAAAAAAAAUAGCCCCAGUAAUCUUUUAAUUCUUUUCAAUCCAUUGUCCUACGCUGAUAUACUACAAGUUUAUAGGGAAAUUUGGACUGAAGUUAAUUCAGUUAAAGUCAAUUAAAUUAAUUUUAUUAGAAACAAUUAAACUUGGGAAGCAGACAUACUGUAACUGUAGAUUGAGCUUAAAGCUGAGACUGUGAGGUAGGUAAAUCUUGUUAAGAAGUUCAGGAAUCGGGAUGUACUAUACUCUGUGCAUAGAUGUGUCCACUCUAUAAUGCCACCUUCAUAAUUUGUGUUGUCUGCUAAAAUACGUUUUUAUAUAGCGCUUUCCUUGUUUGGUUGGUCAUCCAAUUUGCUUUUCACGAACAGUACUGUUCACUUGGCACAACUUCAUCUGUACAGUUUUAACAGAUAUUGACAUACACCCACUCAUCAGCAAACGUACUCAUACCACACACCUUCUAAUUGGCACACAGCGUCUGAUCCCUAAUCUAUAAGUCUUUGCUGCACUUUAAUUACUAGUUAGAAAUGUGAGAAAUUAUGCAGAGAAAUGCUUGUAUCUAAGUAUUAUUUAUUUUCUUUUUCAAAGUGUUAACUACUGAGUAAUCACGGGUUCCACAAAAUGUAAGCGGCCAUUAUUUCAUUUGUAAUUAUAGAAUAGAAUUGAAUUUUAUUCUGCUUAUAAUUCAGCACAGCUUGCUACUCAUGUAUACUACGCACUGCUGUCACAUUAGGUCUACUAUCUUCAUAUGAAUGUAUCAACAUUGCAAUCACAGUGAAAAUAAAGUUAAUGAUUUGAAAACUCAAA